AGGCAGCCUCACAGGAAACACUUCUAUUACUGCCGCUGCUGCUGCCACUACAGACUGAAUGCAAGAGGAGGGGAAACCAUGGAGAAAGAGGAGAGGGAGAGAGAGAGUACGGGCCUUGCCAAAUAAAGCCAUGGGGGCCUGGACAGUGACAGUUCUUUCUACACUAUAAAUACGCUGUUCUUCUGCCGGAUCGGGUUUGGUGCCUGGAGCUCUGGACCAGUAAUUGCACCAGCCCGGUUCAGGAAACUAUCCUCCUCUCAAAGGCCUGUCACAAUGCCCCGUGUGGAUGCUGACCUGAAACUGGACUUCAAAGAUGUCCUUUUCAGGCCAAAAAGGAGCAGCUUGAAGAGCAGGUCUGAGGUUGAUCUGCAGAGGACUUUCACAUUCCGGAACUCCAAGCAGACGUACAAUGGCAUCCCGAUCAUUGCAGCUAAUAUGGACACCACUGGCACUUUUGAGAUGGCACAGGUGCUCAGUAAGCACACUGUCUUCACAGCCAUUCAAAAGCAUUACUCCCUGGAGGAGUGGAAAACUUUUGCAGUCAGUCAUCCAGAGUGCCUAGAGCAUGUUGCGGCGAGCUCUGGCAGUGGAGCGACUGAUCUUGAUAAGCUGUGCAGCAUCCUGGAGGCCAUUCCUCUCAUCAAAUACAUCUGCCUGGAUGUGGCCAAUGGCUACUCUGAACACUUUGUCGAGUUUGUAAAAAGAGUUCGGGAAAAGUUUCCAAACCACACCAUCAUGGCAGGAAAUGUUGUGACAGGAGAGAUGGUGGAGGAGCUAAUCCUUUCUGGAGCUGAUAUCAUUAAAGUGGGCAUUGGGCCAGGUUCUGUGUGCACCACACGCAUUAAGACCGGUGUGGGUUAUCCACAGCUGAGCGCUGUCAUUGAAUGUGCCGACUCUGCUCACGGACUCAAAGGACACAUCAUCUCUGAUGGAGGCUGUAGCUGCCCUGGAGAUGUUGCCAAAGCUUUCGGUGCUGGGGCAGAUUUUGUCAUGCUGGGAGGAAUGCUUGCAGGUCAUGAUCAGUCUGCUGGUGAUGUCAUUGAGAAAUAUGGCAAGAAAUUCAAACUGUUCUAUGGGAUGAGCUCAGACACAGCCAUGAAUAAGUAUGUAGGAGGCAUAGCAGAGUACAGGGCAUCAGAGGGAAAGACGAUCCAAGUGCCCUACAAAGGUGAUGUGGAAAAUACCAUCAGGGACAUCUUGGGAGGCCUGCGGUCCACCUGCACAUAUGUAGGAGCUGCCAAACUUAAAGAACUGAGCCGCAGAACGACCUUCAUCAGAGUCACACAGCAGUCCAGCCAAAUGUUCACCUAGUUAUGCACACUAAACAACACAAACCCUCAUCUAAGGUUUUGACCCACAUCCACCAUUACCAGUUAGGUCAAUGAGAAAACAUUUACAUUCUUUCAUCUGUCCUACAUCUCUGUUGCAGUGUCAGUAACAACUGUUAUCCUGCUCCUUUGAAAAAAAAACAGGAUAUGCAACAGAGAGGAGAGAAAGACAGACACAUUCAUAAUCUACAUAAUUCCCAUUCUCUUCCCAUAUUCUGUCUUCCUUGAAUGCAUGUAUCUCUGAUUAACUUCCUCAAAAACUCUCUCAUACACAAUUACACUCACAGAUACAGAUUCACUCAGGAACCUGUACAUUACUUUGGAAAACCAACAAAGUUACAGCAUGGCUCAGUUUCAAUAAUUUAAAGCUUUUUAGAUUUGUUCAAUAUGCAGUGGCAUUCUGUCUUUGCAAGACAGAGGUUGAAUGGGAAUACACCCCAUAAACUCUUAAGGGAAAGCCCCUUGACAGGAAAAUACUGGAGGAAUUGAUUCGUUCUUUGUACUAAUGUAACCCAUUCUCUGCUGCGAGUGCACAGAGAACUUGCAUACCAACAGAGAACAUUCUCUGCCACUGUUAGCUAGCCCCAGCAUGUUUGUAGCACUUCGAGUUGAUCUGAACGGCGAUUUGUGCAUUGUGUGCUGUUGUGAACUAUUUCUGCUGGCCUGCUUCCUUUGUGAAUGUUCAGUACUGUAGGUGUUGUGAGAUGUCGUCUCAGACCAGAGGAAUGUGAAGACUGCUGUACCUCAUUUGUUCAAAACCUUAGAUGAGGUUGCAAGUACUUUAUUAAAUCUGUGAAAUGUGAAUAUAAUGUUUCAUAUGGAGGAAUAAACAUUUCUGA